AUGGAAUGGUCGACCGACACUCGGACGAGAAGAGCGGGGAGGGGAUGGGAGAGGCCUGGACGUCGAGGCGGGAACGAAAUCUCGGAGUCAGGGUGAGACUGCCGAGCGGUACAGUCUCUCUAUCGUCGAUCCAACAAACAACACAAUGGCGGAUAAGGACAAGAAGGUAAAGAAGAAGAAGGCGCCGAAGGAGGAAGCGCCCGCAGAGGAGGCACCCGCGCCCGCGGCGCCCGCUGGCGAUCGCCAGUCAUCGCGCGGCAGCCGCAAGGCCAAGCGCACCGGCUCCAAUGUCUUCUCCAUGUUCUCACAGAAACAGGUCGCCGAGUUCAAAGAAGCCUUCCAACUGAUGGAUCACGACAAGGACGGUAUCAUCGGAAAGAACGACCUCCGCGCCACCUUCGACUCGCUCGGCAGGCUGGCGACGGAGAAGGAGCUCGACGACAUGGUCAGCGAGGCGUCCGGCCCCAUCAACUUCACCCAGCUGCUCACCCUUUUCGCCAACCGCAUGUCCGGCGGCUCCGACGAUGACGACGUCGUCAUCAAUGCCUUCAAGACCUUCGACACCGAGGGCAAGAUCGACUCGGAGCGGCUGAGGCACGCGCUCAUGACCUGGGGCGAUAAGUUCUCCGCCGACGAGGUCGACGAGGCUUACGACCAGAUGGAGAUCGACGACAAGGGCUUCAUCGACACACAGAAGCUGAUCACCAUGCUCACCGCCAGCGCCGAGGAGGAGGAGGGCGGCGAGGCGGCGUGAGCCACCCCCAGCUGCAGCACCACCCGGCACCAACACCUAACCGCUGACGACAGCUCCGACAGUCCACCCGGUCCACUCGGUUCGCACAGAACGGAUUAAAUGUAGACCGAACCGAAA